GAAUAACACUGUAUAGCCACCCAUACGGAGGAACCUUACUGAAUGAAGACAAAAUACUGGAGAGUGUCCGCCAGUGUGGAGUUGCACUCUGCAUCAUGCUGGGUUUCUCAAUCCUCACAGCAUCGAUUGGCAGUUCCAUAGUAAAAGACCGAGUGUGUGGAGCGAAGAGGUUGCAGCACAUCAGUGGACUUGGCUAUAGGACCUAUUGGUUUACUAAUUUCAUUUAUGAUAUGCUAUUUUACCUGGUUUCAGUCAGCCUGAGUAUUGGAGUUAUUGUUGCUUUCAAGCUAACAGCCUUCACUUUCCGAGAGAACUUGGCAGCCACUGCCCUCCUGCUGGCCCUUUUCGGGUAUGUGAUUGGAAAUGCCACUGUGGAAUUAUGGUGUGUUCCUUGCAAAAGAAAAACCCUAGGAUUUCUUCGAAACUGCUGUUGGGUGCGUGGUUUUCUCUCUCUUCCAGCAAUUAUGCUUAUGUGA